AUGGAGUCAGAAUCAGAAACAAAUAAUAUGAUCCCAUUCUCAAACAUUAUCAAUUAUGUUUGUAGAAUGAGCUCUCAACAAAUAUCAAUUGCAUUAGAAAAUUUAUCUGUAAAAGAUGAUGUAGAUGUUGUUAGGAAGAAACAAUUUUUGGAUAUUAUAGUUGAAUUAAGGAAAGUUUUCAUCAAAAUAUACACAUUAACUAAAUUUUCAGUGAAUUCAUUCACCAUCCAACAAAAUAUAGAAUUAUUAAAAUUUAUCAGGUCUCAAGAUGUAAAUUUCGAUCAUUUAAUGUUUCAAUUAAAUAGUUUGUGUGGAUUUUCAGGAUCGAAGCUCCCGAAUGGUGAUUUAAUUACAGCAUACCAGGUUCUUGGUUCCGGAAAACCAAUUCUUCCCUCACACAAUUAUUUGAAAAAUGCAAAGAUUUCAGCUUCAAAAGUAUUGGAAACUUUUCAAGAUUUAAAUUUGAUUUUAAUGACAAAAUUUGCUUUAAUCGAUAUACCCAAUAGGUUUAAAUUUGAUAUCAAGAAUGGUCGAGCAUAUGCUCAAGUCGAAAAAGAAUUUCAAGUUGAAUUAACAAUGGCCAAUGAGGAUAUAGUAGAUGAUAAUUCAAAUCCUUUUUACAUGAUUGAUUUUAAAUUGUUAUUUGCAAUUGAUUCUGAUCUGAAUACUUUAAUUACAAGUGAUAAAAAUAAUGAAAUUUGUACAAAACUACCUAGAAAAUCAUAUUUAAAAUUAGAAAAAAUUUCAAAUCAAACUUUGUCAGUUUCGGGUUUGCAAGGAUUGUAUGAAUUGUUACAUAAAUAUUCUAUAUCAUCAAAAUUAUUUAUGUUAGCGAGACAAUUAAAAGAUUUAAUGAACUCAUCAGGUUGGAAAAACAAUUUACAAAUAAACUAUCAAACAGGUAGUGCUUUAAUCAUAGUGAAUUAUUGGUCACUGCAAUAUUUAUCAAGUCAAUGGAAAUCUUUCAUUGAAAUUGGGAUAAAUAAGAAAUUUAAUUUGUGUUUUCGAUGGUUUAAGGAUGGUAAAUAUGUUGAGCAGAACGUGGUUGAUGAAAUACUUUAUGACAUGAAUACAAUUGAUGAAAUAAAUAUUGAAUCCAUCCUUACCGGCUUUAUGCUAGAACAUUCUGCAAAUAUAAUGAGAACAGUAUCAUCGAAAUUCCAACAAAAGACGUCAGAGGAAGUUCAAAUAAUCAGUCCACAUCAAAUAAUGUUGUACAAAUCAGCAAUUUUAGCCAUUAAUCCAUUAAGCGGGCUGUUUUAUUUUAUAGAUCCCUCACCUAUUCAAACAAAAAUAGCGAAAAGAAUCAAUUCACCACCAUUGAUAAAUACAUCAUUUAUAACAGAGGAUGAUAUGGCAAAUUCUAUAGUAGAAGGUUUACUACAAGUGAAACUAGAAACUUUUACAAAAAAAAUAAGUAAUUAUUUAUUAACUACAGAAUGGAUUCAUAAUAGUAUAAUAAAAUUAAAUGAAUCUGAGAUUGGUAAUUUGUUCAAAUCAAUUAAUGAAACUAGUGGAUAUAUAAAGGUACAAUUUUAUAGAAGAAAACAUUGGCCAUCUACUUGGUUUUUGAUUGUUAUGAUCAAUGGAAUCACAAAUAAAACUUUUUGGUGGGUAGCAAGAAUAAAAUCAAUUGAAGGUAGUUGGGUAACAAAUCAUUCACAAAAUUUAUACGUUGACCCGGAAUUGAAUUACAAGUUUUUUAAAAAUUUAGGUAAAUCUACUUUACAAAAAAUUAUUAAUCAUGUUAUUUUGGAAGAACUUAAAUCAAGAGAUAUUAAAUUUCAUGAAAUUAAUGAAGAUGAUGAAUCGAUUCCAGAAAUUAAAAAUGAAGAUACUAGUACUCCAACUGUUGAAAAUAGUCAUAUUAUUUACAAGUCCAUCAUAAGGGUUGAAAAUGAUGAUUUAUUACCAAUACAAAACUCAUCAUCCAAUUUAUUUUUGCAAAUUCAAUUAGUUAAUCAAGAUAAUAACGUCAACAUGAAUCAAAUGCAAAUAAUGUUAGUUGGAAACCUUAGAAAUUCAGCUAUUAAAAGUUCACCAGAAUUAACAAAAUUAAACUUAAAGAUUGAUGAACAAAAUAAAAAAUUUGAAAUAUCAAUUUCAAUAGAUUUAAACCUUAUCAUUAAUGAAAGUUCAACAACAGAUAAACAAUUUUUGAGUCCAAUUUUUGAUAAUUUAAAUAAAUUAAACAAUUUAUUGAAAAUAUUGGAUCAACUAAAUGAAAAUAAAUUCCAAAUAUUGGAUAAUACAAUGGAUAAUAUUGUAAUAAAAUUGAAUGAUGAAAUUAAUAAAUUAAAUAUAAAACUACCAGAGCAAAGUUCAGAUUCUAUAACUUUAAAUACAAUAGUUACUCAAAAUUGGGAAUUUGAAUUAAUAUUAAAUUAUUUAAACCAAUAUUUAGAACAAACUAAAACAUCAAACAUUAUUGGCAUAUUAAAUUACCUUAUUGAUGUUAAUCCAAUUUUAAAAUCAAUCAAACAAGUACAAAAUGUUUUAGGUCAACAAUCACAACAACAAGAAGAGUUCAAAUUAUCAAAUGGAUUAAAUAAAAUAAAUUUUGAUACUGUAUUCAACAACCUAAAUCAAUUUCAAUUCAUGUUCAAUUUAUCAUCAAAUAUACCAAAUACCAAAAAAAUUCAGAAAGAUAAAAUAUUAAUUUCAAUUUGUUUCAAACCAAACAGAUUUAAUGCCAAUGAAAAAAAUAUAAUUAAGAUCUCAUUUAAAAAUAAUUUAAAUUUGAAAAAUAUAAAGUUUAAAAAAUUAUUUGAAUUAAUUUUCAAAAAUAUAAAUGAAAUGGAAAGAGAUAAAAACGAUGAAUUAAUUAAUUUUGGUGAAAGUUCUUUAUUAAUUAAAUUAAAUUAUGAUUUUUUAAUCAGUUCAAAUUUAAUUGAAGAUGUAAUGAAUCGUAUUACAAAAUGUUUCCUACAAUAUUUAAAAGAAUCAUGA